GCGCCCCGGCGGCGGCGGGAGCGGCGGGAGCGGAGCGGCUGAGAGAGGCUGGCCGCGCGGGCCGGCGGGCAGCGGCGGCGCCCGGACGAGGCCGGCGGGGACGGCGGGAGCCGCCCGCCCGACCGCGAGCCCCGAGUCGGUAGAUGGGGCUGCGCGGCACCCGCGGCUGAAGACAGGAGCGGCGGCGCGGAGGCGGCCGAGGUGCGAGCCGAAAUGCAGCAAGUUUUAGAAAACCUUACGGAGCUGCCCUCAUCUACAGGAGCAGAAGAAAUAGACCUGAUUUUUCUCAAGGGGAUUAUGGAGAAUCCUAUUGUGAAGUCACUUGCUAAGGCUCAUGAGAGGCUUGAAGAUUCAAAAUUAGAAGCUGUCAGUGAUAAUAACUUGGAAUUAGUAAAUGAAAUUCUUGAAGAUAUCAGUCCUCUAAUAAGUGUGGAUGAAAAUGUGGCAGAGCUGGUUGGAAUACUCAAGGAACCUCAUUUCCAGUCGCUCCUGGAGGCCCAUGAUAUUGUGGCAUCAAAAUGUUAUGAUUCGCCUCCCUCAAGCCCAGAAAUGAAUAAUUCUUCUCUCAAUAAUCAAUUAUUGCCAGUAGAUGCCAUCCGUAUUCUUGGUAUUCACAAAAGAGCUGGAGAGCCAUUGGGUGUAACAUUUAGGGUUGAAAAUAAUGAUCUGGUAAUCGCCCGAAUCCUUCAUGGAGGAAUGAUAGAUCGACAAGGUCUGCUUCAUGUGGGAGAUAUCAUUAAGGAAGUCAAUGGACAUGAGGUGGGAAACAAUCCAAAGGAAUUACAAGAGUUGCUGAAAAAUAUUAGUGGAAGUGUCACCCUAAAAAUUCUGCCAAGUUAUAGAGAUACUAUUACUCCUCAACAGAGUUACGCCAGUAUGGAGAGGCAUCCAGCCCACAUCCGUCAGGUAUUUGUCAAGUGUCAUUUUGAUUAUAAUCCAUUCAAUGAUAACCUGAUACCCUGCAAAGAAGCGGGACUGAAGUUUUCGAAAGGAGAAAUUCUUCAGAUUGUAAACAGAGAAGACCCAAAUUGGUGGCAGGCUAGCCAUGUGAAAGAGGGCGGAAGUGCCGGUCUGAUCCCAAGCCAGUUCCUGGAAGAGAAGAGAAAGGCAUUUGUUCGCAGAGACUGGGACAAUUCAGGACCCUUUUGUGGAACUAUAAGCAACAAAAAAAAGAAGAAGAUGAUGUACCUCACAACUAGGAAUGCAGAGUUUGAUCGCCAUGAAAUUCAGAUCUAUGAGGAAGUAGCAAAAAUGCCACCCUUCCAGCGAAAAACAUUAGUGUUGAUAGGAGCUCAAGGUGUGGGCAGAAGAAGCUUGAAAAAUAGAUUCAUAGUGUUGAAUCCUGCUAGAUUUGGAACAACGGUGCCAUUUACUUCACGGAAGCCAAGAGAAGAUGAAAAGGAUGGACAGGCAUAUAAAUUUGUGUCCCGAUCAGAAAUGGAAGCAGAUAUUAAAGCUGGAAAGUAUUUGGAGCAUGGGGAAUAUGAGGGAAACCUCUAUGGAACUAAGAUUGACUCUAUCCUUGAAGUUGUACAGACUGGACGUACUUGCAUUUUAGACGUCAACCCACAAGCAUUGAAAGUGUUGAGGACAUCUGAGUUCAUGCCUUAUGUGGUAUUUAUUGCUGCUCCAGAACUAGAAACCCUGCGUGCCAUGCACAAGGCUGUGGUGGAUGCAGGAAUCACCACCAAGCUAUUGACGGACUCUGAUUUGAAGAAAACAGUGGAUGAAAGCGCACGAAUUCAGAGAGCAUACAACCACUACUUUGAUUUGAUCAUCGUAAAUGACAAUCUAGACAAAGCCUUUGAGAAACUACAAACUGCCAUUGAGAAACUAAGAAUGGAACCACAGUGGGUCCCUAUUAGCUGGGUGUACUGAUAAUUCAAUAAGGCUAUCAGUUAAAUAAAACUUAUAAAAAGUGACUCAACAAGUAAGCCUUCUACUGGGAGAACACAUGUAGAGGUAGAAGGCAUCUGCCGCAUCUAGGCAUUUUUAUUGUGUAAAUUGAAAUAACAGUGCACUAGGUGGAAUUUUUAUAUAAUUGUGGUUGGGAAGGUGUACUAAUAUAUAAUUUCUCUUAAUUUUCUAAUUUUUUAUGGAUAACCUUUCUAUUCAUAUCACAUAAAGAAAUGCGUUCAAGCAUUUUGUAGGUUUUGAUUUAGUACCCUUACCUUUUUCAUCAAAGGAAUUUUCAGAUCAUUCUCUCCAACAUUGGUCUCACAUUUUCACUGUGAUAAUGAAUACUUGAAAUAGUUUUGUAAAGCUAUCAUUCUCUUAAGUGUUUAGUGAAGGAUCAAUUAUUCUCAUUAGAAAAAAAAUUAGUAGUUACCGACCUUCUUAAUCAGACUUGUUACAGAAGCAGAAUCUGAGUAUCAGUGCUAUAGCUAGUCCACUUCUAUCUUAAUCUGACAUCGAGUCUUUUCAGCACCACCUCGUACUCUAGAGCAUGGCUGUUCUUUCUUAUUUGCAGAGAUCAGCUCCCCGCCCCCUCUAGUGAAUACAGUGAAGAGCAAUAGCUUGCACUCUCUAUGAGCUUAUCUUUUCAUCUGUCGCAGUGAUUUGUGAUGCUGACUAAUAUUGCUUACUAGUACCUUGUGAGCUCGGGCUGGAAGCAAGGUCCUGCAGACAGAGAGUGCCUUAUCCUGCAAAACUUCAUUCACCAUUUACUUACUUUCAAAUAUAAAGUUUCAAACCUAUUGCUUCAGGUUUUUUAAGGAUAUAGUAAGCAAAAAUAUGCCUCUGCAAAUGUUUGUGAUAUUUAAAGAUGUCUCUAAGUUGCAAGCUGUUUGUUAAUCACCAAAUGUCAUUUCUGAAAUGGGAAGUGAUUUGUUAGGGUAUUUGUUCUGUUUUGUCUAAAACCAAAUCCUUUGAACAGUUUACAAAAUUUGGAAAUAAUUGUCAGCUAUUUAUAUAUACACACAUAACACAUACAUUAUAUAAACUAAAUAAUGCCCUAUACUUUUGAUUUCUGUUCAGAAAUACACUUUUUUGUUAUUUAAUGAUUAACCAAAUCCUUUAGUUGCAUUACCACCGUGUACAGAUUUCCACAUUCGCCUUGGUUGAUAUUCCCCUCUAGGAUUCUUAAAUGGUACAUAUUCUUUCUUAAACAUACUUUUAGUGAUGCAACUAAUCACUAACCUUAUUUUAUAUUGCUGCUAGCUUUUCAAUUCGGAAUAGUCACAUUUAAAGGAUUUGGUGCUUAAAUAUUGAUGAGUAUCUUCAGUGACAGGCUCCAGACACAUAAAUUCUGACUUUGCUUUUCCCCUCAUCAAAGUUAUAUACCCAUCUAUAUAAAGAUACUGAUAUCAAUAUACACAUACAUGUAUACGUAUGUAUAUAUGGUAGUAAGCAAUGUUCACGCAAUAUUUUUUAUUAUUUUCAUAGUAAAACACCUAAGUUACCAUAUUGUUAAUAAAAGAAAUCUACAGGCUUUUAAAUCUUAAUUCUAGAAUUUCAUAGCCAAAAUAUUAAUUAUUUUUCAUUUUUCUGGGACAGGAAAUUGUUACAUAGUGGAUCAUACACUCUUAAUAACUUUUUAAACCACAUGUAUUUGCUGAGAUUCUUGGAUUCUCAAAGCAACAUAAGUCAAAGCACAGUGUUUACAUGGCACCUUGUGACUUAAUGUUUCAACACACUGUAAUGUAAGCUUGGAAAGAAACUUCAGUUCUGCUCUCAGGAAAUGUACUGUAUUCCCCAUUGUAGCUUCAUGCUAUUUCAUGAGGCCUUUCUAAGCAGCUUUGGGAAAAUUAUAUCAGCACAUCAGUAUAUCCACAAAUAUCUGUACCAUCUUGAUAAAACAGAAACAAUAGUUACAUAUGUAUUUUUAUCCUUUUAUUUGAUGCAAAAUACAUAUUGUCUGGCAUAUCAUCUCUAUUUAACAUUGUUUCUAUUAUAAAUGGAACUCAUGAUUGAUGACAAAAUUAAUCACAGAUUUCUCCUACUGAAACGAUACAGUUUAGUUCACUAUCCUAUACAUGCCAGUAUUAAGAAAGUACAACUGUUUCUCAGUGAAGAAUCACUGAACUUGUAACUCAGGUCCCCACCUGAGUCUGUAGGAACCAUCAGGCCUUACACCAUAAUUCUUCCUAAGUACUGCCAUCAAGGAAACUCAUACUUCUCUCCUGGGAAGGGUCUAACAUAACAAACUUGUUUAUAAUAAACUGGAGAUGAAGGGGCUUAACAAUGGCAUUCAAUAAUUGGCAAUAGAUAAAAUAUACACACACAUGCAUGUUCUUUGGGAAAACGUUUUGUAUGUGUCUUCCUAAAUGUACUGUAGGAUGAGUUCCACAUUCAGUGUUCAAGACAUUGUCAUUUCUUUACAACUAAUGGUUAUGUGUAUUUUUUUCAUUUCUAAAUGUACAAAUGCCUGUACAGAUGAUGUCUCUGAACAAAUCAUUUAACCUUUCCUAAUAGAAUAUAUUCAGUGCCCUACAGUAGAAUUUAUGCCUUUGUUACUGCUGUGCUUUUAUUAUGCAGUUUCCAUAAUUUUUGUGUUUUUAGACAAUAUCAGGUGUCAGAUCAUUAGGAGUGUCUGUUUUGGCUGACUUGACACAAUUGCUCAUCAUAGCUUUCUAAAAUAGAAAUUAUUAUAAACCAAAUAGAACAAAAUCCUAGAUUCUAGAGUCUAAUAAUAUUAUUUAUAAGAAACUGUAAAAAAAUUGCUUUAAAAUGCCAAAUUUGGUAUUAAAACGUAUUUAGAAAAUAGCUCAAGUUAGCAGUAUAAUUUAAUAGCAAGACAUUGAUUAUGGCAGUAAUGGACAAAAAAUGAUCAUUUUGCCAGGCUUAGUAAUACAAACACUCAGGAGGCUGAAGCAGGGGGAUUGUAAGUUGGAGGCUAGCCUGCAUGGUGUAACAGGCUCAAAAACAAAACAAAAAACCAGGGCCCAGGGCUGUAGCUUUGAUAAAGUAUGUGCCUAACUAAGAUGUGUGAGAUGAGAUCCUGGGCUUACUCCCCAGCAAGACAUGAUCCUACUUAAAAAUUUGUUAAAAUGAUAAUUAUUUUUUUAUGAUAAUUAUUUUUAUGUAUACCAAGUAUCAUGACUCAGUGAUUGAAGUUGAUUGCCAAGGCCACCAAAUUAGUUAUAAUUAUUUUAAA